GCCUUUCUUCACACGUCUAAUUUAGAGCUAGCACAGAGAGAGAUCCAAGGAGAAGUCUCGCUGUGCUAUUGCUUUGUUUUCGAUAUGUCGCUGCUCUCAGACCUUAUCAACUUGAACCUCUCCGACACGACGGAGAAGAUCAUUGCCGAGUACAUAUGGGUUGGCGGAUCUGGAAUGGACAUGAGAAGUAAAGCAAAGACGCUAUCCGGGCCAGUUAGCGAUCCCAGCAAGCUUCCCAAAUGGAACUAUGAUGGUUCUAGCACUGGUCAGGCCCCUGGUGAAGACAGUGAAGUGAUCUUAUAUCCUCAGGCUAUCUUCAGGGACCCAUUCAGAAGAGGCAACAAUAUUCUUGUUAUGUGUGAUACUUACACUCCUGCUGGAGAACCAAUUCCAACAAAUAAGAGAUGCAAUGCUGCAAAGAUAUUCAGCCAUCCUGAUGUUCUUGCUGAAGAACCCUGGUAUGGUAUAGAGCAAGAGUACACCCUGUUGCAAAAAGAUGUUAAAUGGCCUCUUGGGUGGCCUGUUGGAGGUUUCCCUGGCCCACAGGGACCAUACUACUGUGGUGUUGGUGCUGACAAAGCUUGGGGUCGUGACAUCGUUGAUUCUCAUUACAAGGCAUGCCUUUAUGCAGGCGUCAACAUCAGUGGAAUCAAUGGAGAAGUGAUGCCAGGGCAGUGGGAAUUUCAAGUUGGUCCAUCUAUUGGUAUCUCUGCCGGAGAUGAAUUAUGGAUUGCUCGUUACAUUCUGGAGAGGAUUACAGAGAUUGCUGGUGUUGUACUCUCCUUCGACCCCAAGCCCAUCCAGGGUGACUGGAAUGGAGCUGGUGCUCACACAAACUUCAGCACAAAGUCCACGAGAAAUGAGGGAGGCUAUGAGGUUAUCAAAAAGGCUAUUAAAAAGUUGGGGUUGAGGCACAAGGAACACAUAGCUGCCUAUGGAGAAGGCAAUGAACGCCGCCUCACCGGACGACAUGAAACAGCUGAUAUCAAUACCUUCGCUUGGGGAGUUGCAAACCGUGGGGCUUCCAUUCGAGUGGGCCGAGACACAGAAAGAGCUGGCAAGGGUUACUUCGAGGACAGGAGGCCUGCCUCCAACAUGGAUCCCUACGUGGUUACUUCCAUGAUUGCAGAGACCACCAUCCUGUGGAAACCAUAAGAGCUCAAGCAAAGCAAAGUCACCAGUCAUCUACUAGUUGGUGUUCGGUCUGGGAUCUCUUCUCAUUGUUAUUCUUCUGAUAAACAAGCCUCAGAAAAGAAUGUGUAUUGGAGUAGGGCCUCUCCCAUCUCUCUUCCCUUGGAAUCAAAGUUGCUGUCCAGUUACUUUGUGGUCUUUUUUUCCUUCUGUUUUGUCUUUGAGGUCGGCAGUUGAAUGCGUUGUUUUCUGCCUUUUGAUUUUUCCUUGGUUUUCGGUGACAGUAGAAAAUAAUAUAGAAGGACCGAUUCCCAUUGAUAUCUACAAAGGAGAUGUUCAUGCACUCUGUUUCUUUAAAAUGGAUGCAAUCUUAUGUCGGUUUUGUUCAUGAGGGAACAACUUGUAAGUUGUAUCCCAAACCAUUUUACUUUGCAACAAGCUCAAAAUCACAAAAUUACAUA